AUGUUGAGGGAGACGAAGAAACCCUCUUCUAGAAAAUAUCCUGCACUCAUUGGAAAAUCUGCUUUCAUCGGUGAAGUCUCUGAUGAUGGUGAAUUUGAUUCUAAAGGGUGUAAAAUUUGGAUUUCUGAGCAUUCUAUGGUCGCAUCUUCCUUCACUCCUGGUUCAAUCGUAUCGGUGUCAUUGCCUUCCCUGGAUAGUGAAUUUUCAGAUAUUUUUCUCAGCUCAUUAGCAGAUGAAUGUGCUAGGCAUUUUGGAAUUGAUCCGGGUGACCAAUUGGCUGAUAAACCGGGGAACUACUUUGCCCUUGCAAGAAUUUUUUCUUCAUUCCAGGUUGCAAGAAAUCAAGUGAAAUUGUCCGCUAACCUUUCAAACAUAAUGGGACGUCCUACCUCUGGCAGAGUUGUGUUUGUAUACUCUACACAAAAUGAAUAUGAAUUGCUAGCUGGUCUUGUAAGUAAAUGUGAAAAACCUGAUGGCUCCAGGGCUAAUCAUCUCGUGGUACAUGAUUGCAAUGAAUUAGUUUUAGAGCGGGUUCAUUCUAGGAAUACACUAGCCAGAAGUAGAAUUUCCAUGAACAUUUCUUCAGACAAGUCUUACAAGCAUCCCGAAAACGAGGUGCUUGCAUCCCAUAAGACACCAUUGAAUCAGUCAAAGUCUAGUUUUUCGAGUGUUUGUCAGUUAAUUUCUUCUUCAUGUGAAGACUCUAGAGUGAAUUCAACUUAUUCAAAUGGCUUAUCUCCGGGUCCUUUUGAUGUUAUGGAGGUGUUAGGGGAUGAAGUUUCUAGAAGGCUUCUGCAGACAUGCGCUGCUGCUUGGCUGCAUUCUUGUUGUUUACUUAAUGGAAACAUCGUGACAAUUCCCGUACUUUCCCAGAUUUAUAGUUUCAAAGUGAUUGGUGCUAAAACAUUGUCGGUAAAUGCGUGUGGAGUUGAUCGUGUUUAUGAGGCUUUUUUUGUAAAACGUGAAACAAAAGUGUGUCCACAUUUACCAUGGAAAAGACAAGAUUCCUCUUGUGUAGACACUGGUUAUCGCAAUGCAAAAGCUAAUACAGAAGAUAAAAUUUCAAAUUUGGGUGGUCUUUCUAAAGAAUAUGAAAUUUUGAAGGAGAUUAUAGUUUCCUCAUCAUCGAACACUCUGUCAAAAUCUGGUUGUCGGCCUAUAAAGGGAGUGCUUCUUCAUGGCCCACCAGGCACCGGAAAGACUUCUUUGGCGCCAUUAUGUGUCCGUGAUGCUGGUGUUAAACUUUUCUCUGUAAAUUACGGAGAAAGUGAGCUAUCUUUGCGAGAAGUGUCUGAUUCAGCUUGCCAAGCUGCACCUGCUGUGGUUUUUAUUGAUGAUUUGGAUGCCAUAGCACCUGUAAAGAAAGAAGGGAUUGAUGAGCUAUCUCUGAAAAUGGUUACUACAUUAUUGAUUUUGAUGGAUGGGAUAAAUAGAACUGAGGGAGUACUUGUAAUUGCUGCCACCAGCAGGCCUGAUAAAAUUGAGCCCGCACUCAGACGACCUGGAAGACUUGACAGGGAAACUGAAACAGGUGUGCCAUCUCCGAAGCAGCCGUUGGAUAUAUUACUCUCCAUUUUAAGUGAAAUGGACCAUGCACUUUCGGAAAUGCAAGUUCAACACCUGGCUAGGGUAACACAUGGUUUUGCAGGUGCUGAUCUCGCUGCACUUUGCAACAUGGCAGUCUUGGCUUGUCUCAGAAAUCAUGCCAAGUCUAGAAAUUCCUAUGAUAUUCAGAAUGGCGUUGAAGGUGAUUGCAUGUUGAAAGUGACUUUUGAAGAUUUUCAAGAGGCAAUGAUGAGAGUGAAACCCAGUGCCAUGCGAGAGGUUAAACUUGACAUUCCAAAAGUUAAGUGGGAAGAUGUUGGCGGACAGAGGGAAGUUAAAAAUCAAUUAAAGGAAGUUGUAGAAUGGCCUCAAAAACACCAGGAUGCAUUGACACGUAUAGGGAUUCGUCCCCCGGCAGGGGUCUUGUUGUUUGGUUCUCCAGGAUGCAGCAAGACCCUCAUUGCGCGAGCAGUAGCUUCUGAAGCAGGAUAUAAUUUCCUUGCUGUUAAGGGUACAGAGGUUUUCAAUAAAUGGGUUGGUGAAUCUGAGAAGGCUGUUAAAUCUCUGUUUGCAAAGGCAAGGGCCGUUGCCCCAUCCAUCAUAUUUUUCGAUGAAUUUGAUGGUCUUGCUUCUAUUAGAGGGAAUGAAAGUGACGGAGUUUCAGUCUAUGAUAGGGUCAUAUCCCAACUUCUUGUUGAAUUGGAUGGUUUGCAUCAAAGGGUUGACACUGUUGUUAUUGCUGCUACAAACCGGCCUGACAAGAUUGAUCCUGCCCUCCUAAGACAAGGUCGCUUCGACCGGCUGCUAUAUGUGGGACCUCCAAAUGAGAGUGAUCGUGAAGAAAUAUUCCGUAUCCAUUUGCGAAAGAUUCCAUGCAAUCCUGAUGUUAGCAUUAAGGAGUUUGCUUAUCAAACAGAAGGCUUUACUGGGGCUGAUAUUUCAUUUGUAUGUGGUCAAGCAGGUCAUGCAACUCUGGAGGAGAGUUUGAAUGCUACGGAAAUAAGAAUGCAACAUUUGAAGACUGCUAUUGGACAAGUGAAGCCGUUAGACAUCCGGCCUUAUAAAGCGUUAUCAGCAAAAUUCCAUAGGCUUGUUAUUUCUAUUGGACAGGAAGAGAAAACAGAAGAGAAAAGGAAACAUCCCUUGUUUAAUUGGAAGUGUCUGAUCCAUAAAGUUUCAUCUUGUUUUACUCUUACUACUCCCCAGUUAAAAUAGACAAAUAUUUAGUGAGGGCCCUUAGGGUAUCAAGGGCCGUAUUAUGCUGUUUUUUUAUUAAUUAUGUCAUAUUGAAUUAAAUUUUAUUGUGUAAUAUUUUGUUUUGUUACAUAUAAAUUUUUAUAAAAAA